AUGGUCGCCGCCGACAAGAUCAGUAUUGUCUGCCUGGUGACACGGGUUUGCUUGACGAGUGCCAUACUGGCGGCCAAGGCAUUGGAUCCGACGAAUGUGCCGCGUCCAUGGCAUAGUUAUGUGCCAACUACGAACGCGCAGUUUCCGAAACAUCCGAAUCAUCGACAUGACGGUCGUUCGAUCGGGACCAAUCUGGAAAAGCUCACGUUCUCCAGAGAACAUCCAGCGGGACUUCAAUCCGUGAUUUCGACCUUGAAUACUCACAGACAGAAGUCGCAGACUGGACCUCAGAGGUUCCCUACGGAAAUUCAGCAAGACGACUUUUUGGCGAAAGUGCCGAAUGCAUCGCCGCCGUCUACGACGACGACGACGACGACGACGCCGACGACGACGACGUUAUCGGGAUCUCGAGAUAUCCGGGAAUAUCAGCGGCAUGUACCUAGACGAUUCGCGUACGAGGAUAUCGAAGUGCUCGACGGAUACUUGACGAACGAGCCGGAUCACGAUAGACUGCCGUAUCGCGGAACAGCCGAGCUAUCGACGUAUUACCGUCGCGGGUCGCAAGACGUAACGGCGGCCAUCAAGGCUUUAGAUCGCUUCCUGAGCCGUGCUUUGAACGACGACAGUUACAACAGCAAGUUACAUCCGCCACCCAAUCCCGUUUUAGCCCUCGUCCUGUCUCGAUACGGACGUUACGUGCCCGGAACGCGAAACCCUCGCGUAUACGCGUACAUGGCAGCGAACAAUAUGCACAACAAUCAACCAUUCGGCAGAUACAAGUACGAGAGCGAUGAGGAGCCGAUUUACGCGCUGAGAUAG